GGCAGCCUUCUAAUUCCCACCUCUUUCCCAUCCAUGUCCCUCCCAGCGCCCGGUCCUAACCUCUCUUCUCUCCUGGAUCCCUGCAGCAUCCAUGACCCACGAGUGGAGCGACGGCCCGAGGGGGACCUGCCCGCACCAGUCCUGGGGAAGGAUUAUCUGUUGAACUUGGGGGAACCUCAGCCUUGCCAGAAAGCCUUGGCUCGCUCACGGCCCGUGAGCCUGGCAGGCACUCGCUGGCUUCCAGUACAGGAGACACCUUGAGACUGAAGGGGAAGGAGGGAGGAAAGGGUUUGGUGUUUUAGGGUUUUUUUUUUUUCUCCUUUUGCUUUUUUUUUUAAUUAUUAUUUUAUAAGAAGUAGAAAUUGCUGUAAGCUGCUGGGACAAAUGAAUGCCAAUGAACACAGGGCUGCGAGGAGACGGUGCACAGCCUCUUGCCUCGCUGCAAAGUAAUUGCAGUCUGCCGAGAGGGAGUUAAAUGGGAUUAAAAGAUCUGUGUAAGCAAAAGGACCCAGAAGAGAAGGAGGAAGGAGUGAGCCGUCCGGGCCAGGGGGUGUCUUUGACACAGCUGAGCCCCUUAGAGAGGCAGAGAGCUGAGCUCCUGGGAAGGAUGUACCCACAAACCGGCCUGUCCCCCUUUUUCUGAUGGAUUGCCGCAAAAAUUGCCCGAAAGAGACAAUGCACUAAACGUGAUGGAGCCGGAAUCAGAGCCGGUCUCCAGACUCAGAGCUACAGCAGCAGGCAGGGGGGGAUUCUGCUUUCUCUGGACUAUAUUAUGUUUUACCUGGUUCCUGGGACUCACACAGGGAAAUUCUGAAGAUGUGGAUGUUCUUCAAAGACUGGGCCUGUCAGGGAAAAGGCCAUCGAGCGGAUGGUCCUCAUCACGUACAGUUCCUCAAGGAGUCAUUCCUUUCAAAUCAGGGGUCAUCUUCACUCAGCGAGCACGUGUCGAAGCACCAGUCAGCACCAUCCUCCCCGCAGGCUCCAGCACUGACCUGCUCCUAGUGCUGAGCCUCUGCUCCCACCGCAUCAACAAUGCUUUUCUCUUUGCCGUCAAGAGCAAAAAGAAAAAACUGCAGCUGGGAGUCCAGUUUGUGCCUGGGAAGAUCAUAGUAUAUGUGGGCCACAAGCGCUCUGUAUAUUUUGAUUACAAUGUCCAUGAUGGCCAGUGGCACAAUAUGGCCAUCAAUAUCCGUGGCCAGACAGUCACUUUAUUUACUUCUUGUGGGAAGCGCAGAGUACAUGCGGAUUUGCAUCUUAAAAAGGACGAGGCAUUGGAUCCACAUGGAUCUUUCCUCUUUGGGAAGAUAAACCAGCACUCCGUGCAGUUUGAAGGAGCCAUCUGCCAGUUCGAUAUUUAUCCUUCUGCCAAGGCAGCUCAUCAUUACUGUAAAUACCUGAAAAAACAGUGCAGGCAAGCAGAUACCUACCGGCCGAACCUGCCCCCCCUCAUCCCCCUCCUGCCCAGGGAUCCCAGUGCCUCCCCGAGUACCCCACAGCAGAUGGAGCCCUCGCUGCAGGGUCUGAAAAACCUGACCACUGCUGCCCCAUCCUUGGAAUUUGGCAGGGUCACUGCACCCCUCAAGACUCGGAGUUCAGGUGCAACAACCAUCACAUUGGUAUCAUCCCCACCAUCACUGCCAAGACUGACAACCAAAGCCACAAAAGUCACAGUGGCCCCAUCUCCUGUUCCAUCGAGUACUGGAACACAGCCACCCGCCCGUUCGCUCCCUUGGGGGACAGUGACGACCCUCAGGGUCUCUCGGCCCACUCCCAGCAUGCACAUGGAGAAAAAUCCCUUUCCCACGGCCAAAAAGGCCCUACCAACAAGCCAGAGCCCUGCUGUGGCCAGCAGGAAGGAGUCCAAGCAAGAGACCAAAAAGAAGACCAACCAAAAACCCACCAUUGAGCCCUCUGAAGCACUCAGUACUGUAAAGCCAAUGAGGAGGAUGACUGAUAACACAACCAGCAAUGUCCACUUUGUCACCCUAAAGCAAACCCUGCAGAACCCAAGCAAUGGGCCCGUUCCAAAGAAGCACGUGCCGUCCCCCACCAGGAAAGUGGAUCCUAGUAACGUCCCUCUGGUGUACCCCAAACCUCCCCUGGGGUCUGCCCGUCCUGUCUCCAGAGCCAGGGUACAGGCCUUCAACCUCACCACCCCAGCUGUGACUGACGGCUAUCAAAUCUUUGACCCCCUUGGACCCACUCCGUUUCCAUUUUUACUGGGAUAUCCAGGAGUGAAAGGAGAGAGAGGACCUCAGGGUCCACCAGGUCUGCCAGGCUUACCAGGACCACCUGGCAAGAGAGGUUCCCGAGGUCCCCCAGGUCCCCACGGAAACCCUGGCUCACCUGGCCCCCCAGGCCUGAAAGGUCAGAAAGGUGAUCCUGGGUUCUCACCUGGAAAAGCUCGCAAUGGACAGAAGGGAGACAUGGGCUUACCUGGUUUGACUGGGUUCCCUGGACCACCUGGUAGAAAGGGAUAUAAAGGCUACCCUGGACCACCAGGUCACCCUGGAGACCAGGGCGAACGAGGACCAGACGGAAGCCCAGGUGCCAAAGGUUAUCCUGGCAGGCAGGGUUUACCUGGCCCCAUAGGGGAAACUGGUCCAAAAGGCAGUCGGGGAUAUAUUGGUCUCCCAGGAUUGUUUGGGCUACCAGGGGCUGAUGGAGAGCGAGGGAUCCCUGGAGUUCCUGGGAAGAGGGGCAAGAUGGGGACUAAGACGAUAAACAACUCCUCUCUUCUUGCUCCAGUAUUUUCUCUGCUUUGGAUGCAGCUGAGGUCCUUCCUUGCAUUUGGAGUGAACCAAGGUUUUCCUGGUGAUUUUGGGGAACGAGGACCUCCAGGCAUCGAUGGGAACCCAGGAGAAUUGGGAGCCCCAGGUCCUCCUGGAGUCCUUGGACUCAUUGGUGACAUGGGCUCUGUUGGACCGAUAGGCUAUCCAGGACCAAAAGGCUUAAAGGGGCUGAUGGGAAAUCCUGGAGAACAUGGACUGAAAGGUGAUAAGGGUGAUCAGGGAGGAGCAGGUGUUCCAGGAGAUAUCGGCUUCCAAGGAGACAAGGGCAGCCAGGGUUUGCCUGGGGUCCCUGGGGCACGAGGGAAAGCGGGCCCCCUGGGAAAAGUCGGUGACAAAGGUCCAGUCGGGUUUCCAGGACCACCUGGCCCUGAGGGCUUUCCAGGUGACAUUGGCCCACCCGGAGAAAAUGGUCCUGAAGGCCUGAAGGGAAAGCCAGGAGCACGAGGUUUACCUGGGCCGAGAGGGCUGCCUGGACAAGAGGGAGAUGAAGGACCCUUAGGACCACCAGGAGUCCCUGGUCCAGAGGGUCGAUCUGGUCGGAAGGGUUUUCCAGGAAGACCUGGUCCUGAUGGUCUAAAGGGUGAGCCAGGAAACCGUGGCCGACCAGGGAAAGUUGGUGAGCAGGGUCUAAUGGGUUUCAUUGGUCCCGUAGGGGAGCCUGGAAUAGUGGGAGAAAAGGGCGACCGCGGCUCAGUGGGACCCCCAGGCCCUCCAGGAGUCAAGGGGUCGAUGGGGCACCCUGGGACACCAGGAGGAGUGGGUUUUCCUGGGAUUCCUGGACCAACAGGUCCAGCAGGAGUCCGUGGUGCACCAGGGAUAAGAGGGAUGAAAGGCCUCAGGGGUGCCAGAGGGCCUGAUGGACCAGUAGGCGAGCUGGGGUCACGAGGUGUCAAGGGCCGACCAGGGGAGCCAGGCAAGCUAGGGCCAGAUGGGCUGCAGGGGAAGAUGGGUGAGACUGGGGAGACAGGAGCACGUGGCUUCCCAGGUAUUCAAGGACCUUCUGGACCUCCAGGAGCAAAAGGGGCUCCAGGCGACCCGGGUCCACAAGGACCACAGGGGCCACCUGGGCCUUUGGGAGAAAUCGGGCAUAAGGGACCGCCUGGCUCAAUGGGACAACCUGGCCUCGCAGGUGAACCUGGCAUGAAGGGUGAUCCUGGCCAGUUGGGAGUCCCUGGAGAGCAAGGCCUUGUUGGCCAAAGAGGAGAAUCAGGGCUGGAAGGAGACAGUGGGCCACCCGGGCCGGAUGGUGUCAAGGGAGACAAAGGAGAGCAAGGCCUGGAAGGAGAGAAAGGAGAAAAAGGCAACGAAGGACUGAAGGGAAAAGAAGGGCCUCCUGGCUAUCCCGGCAUCACAGGUGUCCGAGGACCAGAAGGGAAACCAGGAAAACAGGGGGAAAAGGGCAAGCCUGGCCAGAAGGGCAGCAAGGGCUACCAGGGGCAGCUCGGCGAGACAGGAUCUCCAGGGAAGGAGGGGCCGAAGGGGAACCAAGGCCCUAAAGGAUCCCGAGGUACCCUGGGACCUAUGGGUGCUCCAGGAAGAAUGGGUGCUCAAGGGGAACCUGGCUUAAAGGGUUACCAGGGACAUGCAGGACCACCAGGGCCAAUCGGACCACCAGGGCCAAAGGGGGAAAAGGGAGAACAAGGUGAUGAUGGGAAGGUAGAAGGCCCACAGGGACCACCUGGAGACAGAGGCCCCGUUGGUGACAGAGGUGAUCGAGGGGAGCCUGGAGACCCUGGUUAUCCUGGUCAAGAAGGGCUCGAUGGAGAAAGAGGAAAACCUGGACAGCAAGGCUUACCUGGGGAUCCUGGACCACCAGGCCAGCCAGGAGCAAAGGGAUCCAAAGGUGAUGUGGGUCAAAAAGGAAAGCAAGGAACACGGGGCAACGCAGGGAGCAGAGGCUCACCGGGCAUCCUUGGGCUACCAGGUCCUCGAGGAGUGGUGGGAAGGCAGGGUCAAGAGGGUGCCCCUGGAGUGGAUGGAGUGCCUGGGAAGGAUGGCGUGCCUGGGAUGCUGGGAGAGCAGGGUGAUGAUGGGGAAGAAGGUGUGACAGGGAUGUCAGGCAAAAGAGGGAACCCUGGCAUACCGGGACUCCCCGGGGCACAGGGACCACCAGGAUUCAAGGGUGAAAGAGGAUUGCCUGGACAGACUGGCCAAACAGGGAAGCGAGGAUCAUCAGGAGGAACCGGCCUUCCAGGGAGCCCUGGCGAUCCGGGACCCAAAGGACAGCCGGGAGACUUUGGCGAGGCAGGAUUUCCAGGGAUUGCGGGCAUGUUUGGGCCAAAGGGCCCCCCAGGAGACCUUGGUUUCAAAGGCAUUCAGGGACCACGUGGGCCGCCUGGUCUCAUGGGAAAAGAAGGAAUUAUUGGUCCACUUGGCAUUCAGGGUCCCACGGGAAGCCCAGGGCCCAAGGGAGACAAAGGCAGCCGCGGAGAAACGGGUCUGCAAGGUCCAAGGGGUCCUCCAGGCCCACGAGGACACCCUGGCCCUCCGGGACCGCCAGGAAUUCCAGCCUCAUUUCAACAAGACAGCUUUGGGGCAGCCUUCCAGACGCUAAUCGACUCGAACACCGCGCUCAAGACAGAGGGUUACCAACAUCCAGACCUUCUCACGCUGGACCACGGAGGGGAGAUCUUUAAGACUCUACACUACCUCAGCAACCUCAUUCAGAGCAUCAAAAGACCCCUGGGAACUAAGGAAAACCCUGCACGCAUCUGUCGAGACCUCAUGAACUGUGAACAGAAGAUGAAUGAUGGUACCUACUGGAUUGACCCAAAUCUUGGCUGUUCCUCGGACACCAUACAGGUCAUCUGUAACUUCACCAAUGGUGGGCAGACGUGUCUCAGCCCCAUCACCGUCUCCAAGCUGGAUUUUGACAUCGGUAGAGUCCAGAUGAAUUUUCUCCGCCUCCUGAGCUCAGAGGUGGUGCAGCACAUCACCAUCCACUGCCUGAACACCUCCGUCUGGCGGGAAGGCUCAUCCGAGAAACCUUCAGAAAAAGCCGUGCGCUUCAGGGCCUGGAACGGACAGAUGUUUGAGGCAGAUGGGCAGCUCAGGCCAGAAGUGGCAGCCGAUGAUUGCAAGAUCAAGGAUGGACGCUGGCAUCGGACUCUCUUUUCAUUUCGGACACAGGACCCUCAGCAGUUGCCAAUUGUCAACAUCUACAACCUUCCCCCAUCCGAGCCAGGAAAACAAUAUCACCUCGAGGUCGGCCCCGUGUGCUUCCUUUGAACAAAGCCAUCGAAACCGGGCUCCAAGGCUUUGACCCCGUGUUUGGCCUAUGUCUUUACAGAGGCUCUCCCACCUCUCUGCAGCAAGGACAGCUGGGCUGUAUCUUUGGGUCAACUCUUGCUCUAGCCUUUGGCUCAAGGUCUCAAAGAACCCGUUAUCUACUGAACUCAGCAGAUUGUUGAAAGGAGGAAUAACAAGGACGUAGGAGAAGCGGGUAUCAGUCGGGACGUGAACAGUGAAAAGGGAUCAGGGGACUAGAUGUUGCAAGCGGUUCCACACACAAAGCUUUUUCCAUGACCAAAGAAAAUAUUGAGAGAAACCUCAAGCAACUUGCAGCGUGUGGUUUGUUUUUCCCCCCCCCCCCCCCCAUUUUCUCUUACCUGGAGUUACCAAAUGUUCUUUCCAUUGAAAAGUAAUUAAAAGAUAGAGCUUCCCUCUCAGAGCUCGUUGCCUUCUGGAUGGCCAUGUGCUGCAUCAGGUCUCCCAGGCGGAGCUGCAAGUUGAAUCUGGCUGCUCUGUGUACCGGAAGCAUUUUGAUGUGCAAUAUUAGAAGAAACAAAAUAUAUAUAUUAUAUUAUUUAAAGCAAAAAGAAAAAGGAAAAAAAAAAAAAAACAAAAAAAAAAAAGAAAAAAAACUAAGUUCCUCCUUCCAUGGGUGAGUUUAAUCAACACCCCUUCUCAUGCGUGGUGUUGGGGUAGGGGAGAGUCCUGAAGCCAAGACAGGGGAAUGGAAGGAGGAGAGGGGAAGAGAUUGGUGCUAAAAUAGAGAGAGAGGAUGGGCUCGUCUGAUUUGUUUCUACCUCUCACUGUGAAAUCUCUGGUGCUCUUAAAAAAGUGUGUUAUUUUAUAUAUAUGACUUUAAACUAUUUAAGGUUGUGAAGGUGCUACAGUGUCUUGCCACAGACCCAAAAAAAAGCCCAUAGGACCAUCUCUCUAGGAAGAGAGGAGGUUAUGAUCUACAGCUAAAUCAGAGAAACAGUCACCUUUAAAGGGAUCCUUUAACUGCCGUGGAUGUCAAUUGUGCGCAACAACUCAAACCAUGUCCAAAAUAACUUACAGGAUAUUUUAAAAGCAAAUUUGUUUGGGUGGUUUUUUUGUUAAUCAGCACUUCACUGCUUUGGGAGGGGAGUGAGGGAUACAGCUCAUCUGGAAGCAUUGAGCCUCAGAGAGAGCUAUUUUUGAGUCGGUUGUCACUAGUUUUGCUGUAGUCAUGUUGGCCACACGUCCGUGCUGGCUUGCGUGUGCAGUGAUUCCCUGGUCUAAGCUCGUAUUUAAACCCAGCUCUGCAACCCUUCUGUCUGGCCCCUCUGUCAAGACUGACAUGAUGGUACCUUGUUUCAGAACCCAGCCAGGCUUGGAGGGGUUUUGUUUUGUUAAGUUUUGUAGAAAUUUAGUCUCUAUAUGUAAAUUUGGAGGAUUUUUUUUUUUUUAAAGAGGAUAAUUAUGGUAAUCUUUAAUUCUAUAUAAGGAAUAAUAUUGAUGUAAUCAGAGCUGUACUGUAUCGGAAAUGCUUCAGUGCCUGUUUGGAGUUUUCAUGUCUCAUAUGGACUAUGGAUUUUAUUUUUUUGAGGAAAAAAAAAAAAUUAUAUGUGA